AAAACCAAACCGAAGCAGCAGAAACCGCAAAUAAGUAAAUAAAUAAAUAAGUAAAUAAACAAAUAAGCACACAAACGAGGCAGCCCCGUCCCCCGAGGGGGAGCGCGCAGCGCUUGAACUCUCAGGACGGUCACAAACAGGCCAAGGCGGGCUCCGAGGCAAUAGUGGCAGACCUUCAUAAGAAGAUCAAAGAGGCCUUUGAAGUGUUUGACCAUGAAACAAAUAAUACAGUGGAUGUGAGAGAGAUUGGAACAAUUAUCAGGUCACUGGGAUGCUGUCCUACUGAAGGAGAGCUACAUGAUUUCAUUGCAGAGGUGGAAGAAGAGGAACCCACCGGAUACAUUCGUUUUGAAAAGUUUCUUCCAGUGAUGACCAAAGCACUUCUGGAAAGAAAAUACAGACCAAUUGGUGAAGAUGUCCUUCUCAGAGCUUUUGAGGUUUUGGAUCCAGCUAAACGAGGGUUUCUGACCAAGGACGAACUGAUCAAAUACAUGACUGAGGAAGGUGAGCCUUUUUCUCAGGAGGAAAUGGAAGAAAUGUUGUCUGCUGCAAUUGACCCCGAAUCAAAUGCCAUCAAUUACAGGGACUACAUAGCAAUGAUGGUGAUAGAUGAAAAUUAAACGCUCCAAAGACUUCU